CACUAGCAUAGAGAAGUCGAUUCUAUGUGGUCAUAGUAUACGCGUUUGUCCUUACUUGUGCGCUCUUCAGUGGUUCAGUAAUUCUGGUGAAAAAUUUUGUGAUCCGGUCAAAUCGGUAGGCAAUCCACUGCGCUAAGUCUUUCUAAUAACAAUCCGUGGACUGUUUGUUGAAUAGUAUCUGAAAAACCCGACUAAAAGGUGUUACAAAAUUUUCACCCGAAUGAUCCGAGCAAGUGAUAGAAGUGGACCAUCGGACCAGCAGUGCUCGUGAAGUAAAAAUUGUAAGCCCCCGCUGAGGAGCCCAAAUUGUUGAAACGGAUCCUAUCUGAGGAUCGAGGACAAACGUUCCGUCGGCCCAACAACCCCUACAGACCACCAGGGGACCACAUCUUAGGUUCUCCCCCUUCACUCAGUUAUCGACGAAUGUUGGUUUCGGUGAGGAAGUGAUCAGUGCAAUUUGGUAGAUUGUGGAAAGGAACCAAAGAUUUCGCGAGUUCGGUAAUAUACAGCACGGAGACGGUAUUUUCUCGCCUAGCACCUAGAUAUUUCGAAGCAAAGCUUUGCCAGUUUGUGAAAGGGUACAGUCAUGGCCGAUAAAAAAGUAGCAGAGCAGUACUAUGCCCCGCCCGAGAAGCUGGGCAAAUGGGAAGGAUUCAGCAAGUUCAUCUGGAACGGCGAAACCAGCCAAUGUCUGGGACGGACAGGAUCCAGUUGGGCGAAAAUUCUCUUCUUCUACCUGGUGUUCUACGCAAUUCUAGUUGGAUUCUUCGUAGCAAUGCUUGCAGUAUUUUGGCAGACACUUGAUAUGAAGAUUCCCAGAUGGCAACUUGGCGAAUCGUUAAUAGGGACGAAUCCAGGACUGGGCUUCCGACCGAUGCCCAACGAAGCCAACGUAGAAAGUACGUUAAUCUGGUACAAAGCGUCCGACAAAGGCAACGUAGAAGCCUGGACAAGACAGAUCGAUGAGUUCUUGGAUCCCUACCUAUCGGAAGAGGACAACCGUGUGGAUUGUUCGUUCGAUAGCCCACCACCAGAAGGUAAGGUAUGCAAGGUACCUAUGAAUGAGUGGGGUCCCUGCACCAAGGCGAAUCGAUUCAACUUCCAGAAGAAAAGCCCGUGCAUAUUCUUGAAACUUAAUAAGAUCUUCAACUGGACACCGGAUCUAUACAACACCACUGAACAUUUGCCGGAGGCUAUGCCCGAUGACCUCAAGGAGCACAUCGGUGCUGAACUUGGCCGUGGAGAUAAAAACGCCAAUAUUGUCUGGGUGUCAUGCAGCGGUGAAAAUCCAGCUGACAAUGAACAUAUCGGACCUAUUAAUUACAUCCCACGCCGAGGAUUCCCAUAUUACUAUUUCCCAUUCAAGAACAUCGAAGGUUAUCUGCCACCAAUAGUAGCGGUACACUUCGAGAGUCCCAAGAAUGGCGUCCUGAUCAACAUCGAAUGCAAAGCCUGGGCUCGUAACAUUCUCUACGACCGAGCGGAACGAAGAGGGUCCGUUCACUUUGAACUGAUGGUCGACUAAGAGACCCGGCCAUCGUCCCUAAUAGCAGCUGGCAAGAGCAAAGCAGGCCGUAGAAGAUGAGUCUAGGUGCAGGCGAAAAAACACAAAACGUGGGCUAGAAGAAGACCGAAAAAUAAAAGCCACAAGAGCAGCAGAAAACUAGAAGAAACCAACAUCAGCGAAAACAAGCAAAAACAAAAAGAGAAGAUAAAUUUGAACAAUUAAUAAUUGGUAAACAUUCACUGAGAAGAAAAUACAAGCCUCGUGCAUGGUGAACAUCGGAAAUGUCAGAACUACAAACUAAGAACAACAAAUUUAGGUGCGAUCAAUAAUUAAUUUAACAUAUAACUAAAGUAAAAAAAAAUCAACGUAGACACUAAACAAAAACCAAAACAAGCGCGAAAAAUCAUCUCGUAUAGGACAAAACAGCGGAAGAAGAGUAACAGACAAUUGCAACAUGUACAGCUCUUUUAUGUAUACUCAUAACUGAGAUCGCGAAGAACAUAACCUAAAAUAUGUAAUAGAAAUUGCUAAACAAACGAAGAAAGAGGUUAGCCCAGAUGAACGCGACAUCGAGCAGUAAAAGAGCGGAAUGAGUUCUGGUGUUUGGAAGGAUGUGAUCGUUCAAUUUGACUGAGAGAAUAACACCUAUAAAAACAAGUUACAAGACGCACGCAAAACAGACGUCCACAGACGAGCAGACGGACAACGAGAGACCGAAACAUGACGAAUUCUUCUAUGUAAGAUUAGGCGAUAUGACAGAUGUACGCGUUUCGGACGUAUUUUAGAGCAGAUUCGAGAACACUGAAUCAGAAUGUUUUCGAAUUUACAUAGAACUGUGUACAAACGCAAGAAUUUAAUCGCUAAUCAAUGUAAAGAUCGGUAAGCUCGCAAAAGUAGGACAGGAAAAACUCUUAUAAUUUUUGUAUGAGUCCAAUUUGAAGCUUUUAUAGUGAAUUAGCACAGUUAAAAAUUCAACAACUAACCGUAAGCAAACAAAACUCGAUAUAUUUGUGAUUUGGGAGAGAUCGGAUGCAAUGUUGUUUUGGUUAUUUAGUUUCCGGGUCGAAAAUCUCAGCAUUAAAAUAAAUCACAAAUAUAUCUCGCGCGAAAUAUCAACAAAGCAGCGGUAUAGCAAACACGAAACAUAUAGAAAUAACGAUUGAUCUAACAGGAAAAGCAAAAACCCUAGUGCAAACAAGUGCAGCAAAAAUCAUCUGAAUGAGAAACACGUUUAAGGGCCUCUUUCUAUUCUUACACUCACUGCCCAACAAAAAAAUAAAUAAAACAUAAAAAAUGCCCACGUAAAGACAAGUUCAUGACCUUACUGUAAAGAGUUAAACUGACUUAACAAACAAGCGGAACUAAGGCGAAAUGAAAAAAAAAACACAUAAAACAAACAAAAGAUAUAAUUUGGUGUAAUUAAACAUAGGAAGCAAAUCGAUGCAUAAGAGUAAACAAGUAAAUUUGAUAAUGUAAUUAGGUACUUCGUCAUUUAACAAAAGAUCAUUUAGUUGGAUGAACAAAAACAACUGGUUCACUGAGCUGCGGGCGACUCUCGCUGUCGGAACGGGCUGUCAGCCGAUGCUAAUCGAAGCAGUCAGUCAUUUUGAAGCGAUCAUCGCUCCGUCGGGCCUUUAAAACCUGAGCGAGAAUAUUUACUGCCUCCUUUCCCCUUAUAGAGGCAGGCCAUCAUUAUAUGAUGGCUGCAUGAGCUCUUUAAACGACUCUCUCUCACACACAACACACAAGCGAAUGAAACUAUUCAGUUUACGAAAUAUAACAGUUGUUGAAAAUAUUAUUACAAAGAAAAUAUUAUUGGGAGAAAUUGAUAGGAAAAAUUGAAAACCAAACAUAAAAAAUUGAGCCUCGUAUUAGUUACAACAGCUAGCGAAAACAAAACGAGUGAACGGGAUCGAAUAUUAUAAAGCAACAAAAAAAGCAUAAACACAUAAGCAAAGCUAUUAUUGAGUGUUACUGAUAGUGCACCGUGGCAGUUUCAAUGUUUUAACUCGAUUUCGUUCAUACGCGAACUGUUCACUAUCGACCAAAACUCGAAUAGGAAUAGCCUGAUUUGUUUCGUUCAGUUGUAUUUUGAACGCAUUGUGUUCUUGUUUUACUUUUUCCGCCGCAUUUUUCAAUUACUAUAUAUAUAUAAUAUUUAUUUAAACUCGUAAAUUAUUGAAACCAGCUCGACGAAGCGAAAGUAUUUUGUUUAUGUUAAGCUUGCUUUUGUUAACCUUUUUAGUCUACCUUGGGUAUUGUGUUCAUGUAUUGAAUCCUGCAAAGUAAGGCAAAUUAAAAAAAAAAAGUUGAUGAAUUUGUUAAUCUAACGCAUAGAGUAACUGUAAUGAACGAUUUACUAAACAAUAACAAACACACAGCAAAAGAGAGAAAAUACAACAGAAUGCCAUGCCAAUGUGGCACCCUUACUUUUUGAGCUUAGGCUGAAUAGUUUUAUAUAAACUUAGUCAAUAUUUUUAAAAAACAAACGAAAUGAACCUAAUGAAAGCGAAAUUUUAUUUUAGAAGAUAUUGAUUUGUUUAGACUAUAUUUAAGAUGCUAUUAGAGAAACGAUAAUUACAAGUGGUAUGUGAAAUUGAUUGUGACUAAAUUAUUAGACCUAUUUUACGUUAUAACUACUAUUAUCUCUGAGAACAUGUUUGAAUAGCUGAAAAUGUGUUACAAACUGGAAAGUAUACAAAUAUUGAAAACAGCUCGAAUGAAAAAAUAAAACAGUGAAACUGAUUGUUACAUUUAAACUACCGUAGAAAUAAAGCAGAAUAAUAAAUGCUCCCGUAUAGAUCAUGCAACAGCUACACACUACUUAUUAAAAAAUAUCCAGUUAAGGCAACGGAAUCAGAUAGUUUUACUUAUAGCAGGCCGCAGGGUAGCGUCGCUUACAAGCAAACCACAAUAUGCAAAAAUAAUGGCAUUUAAAGGGGUUCUUAAUGCAAAAAAAACAUAGUUUCAUUCACUUACAACAACAAAACAACAAGCUAUUAAAACACCCACCACAUACACACGAUUACCGCUAAACGUAAAGAAACUAAUGGAAAAUAUGAACAAAAUCAUACUAAAAAAAUAAACAAGCAACAUUGUAAAGUUAUUAUAUCUUUUUAUUGAAAUAUUAUUGAAAUAAAAAUCAAAAGAUCUAUAGAGACAAGCUGUUAGUUUGAUUUACAUACGCUUAUCAGUUUGAGUUUCGAUUUACACGUACAACGAGACGUAACGCUUGCAGGCAUCCCACCGAUCACGAAAGUAGCUAACCUCUCUAGAAACUUAGCGAACCUAUACAUUAGAGAAAUGACAAGACACUCACCGUUAAGGCAACUGUCAACAUCAAAACGGAUAACGGCAAUGCAAAAUUAUACAGAUCGCCCGUUUUGAUGUUGACAGCUGCCUUAACGGUGAGUGUCUCGGCGUCUCUCUGGUGUAUAGGCUGACUAUAGAAACUAGUGGUUACAACAGCAUACCACGUGCUACAAAAUUAGAAAAUCAACCACGAUUUAUUCUGGAAUUGUCAUUGUUCUGUUGUAGGUUACUUAUUAAAAAUAGUGACGACGAUUUUUGCCAAGCGUUAUGUCCGUACAUAUCUUAUUAUUUGAACCGCAACUUUACGAAACUCUAUCACAAUCACUCCAUCAACCAUUGAAGAACGUGCACUGCAUGGCUGCUAAUUUCACUGACACAUUUUGGCAUUUUCAUUCAUAGCACUCAUCAAGCCUGUGGACCGUACAAAACACUGAAGCUCUAAUCAUGGUAGCGUCAUCGAAUUGAGGAAAAAAAAUAAAAGAAUUCAGUAUAGCCACUCUCUGAUGGAAUGUUCUCUAAAGAACUCGGAAUUAUUUAUGGACCACCUUCGAACAUGAAUUAUCGAACUACCGCAAUAACGCAUCAAUUUUGCGUAUUGUCGCUACAAACUUGAACAAAAAAAUCAACAAAAAGAACCCUGGAAAAUAAAACUAAAAUAAAAACAGUUUUAUUUUUCUUUUUUAAGAGUGUUUACACCAACUAAGAUAUAAACAAACACAUGAAUAACGAACCCCUUUGACUGCAAAUGGCCAACUUCGAAUCUUUUUAUACAUCUUAUUACAAUCAGUCACUUUGUAUCACUAUUUUACUAGCCAAAACAGAAUAGUUCUUAUAAUUAACUUGAUUAUAGCCGUUUGUCUUUGUCAUGUAAAACUUUAUUCGAACCAGGUGCUGUAGUGCAAAGCAAUAGGCAUUAAACUUGCUUUCUGUGAUCUAUGUAGUAGGCAUUUACACCAGCGCAUUAUUAAAAGCUGUUAUAAAAAUGAUCUAUCAAUUUAUUUUUCAAUUUUUCCCAUCAAUUUUCCUGAUUUCCAAAAGUCAUUGUCAUAAGGCGACUAAAUGUGUGUAAAAUAAGCUCUAGGAAGUUGUAAAUAUUUGUUGCAAGACAAUGCCUAAGUUGAUUGAUCGGAUUUCACGUUACGUUUGAAUCUUGAGAAUAUGAAUCGUAAAAGUAGUUUAACAUCUCUUUAUCGACCGUCUUGCGUUCAUUAAAGCUAGUUAUAGCGAGCGUUGUUACACAUUCGAAUAUUCGCAUUUCACAUUAUCACACAGCAACUAAGCCGGUCGUUGAACAAGUAAAUAUAUUUAGCAUUGCGAUAAUUGCUAGGAACUUGCAAAAGAGAACUUAAUUUAGUAUUUAAAGUUAGAUUUUUCGUACGUAAGUAAGUAAACUGAUCUAGACAUGCUAUAUAUAAUAUUAAUAAGAAGUAUAGUAAACUUUAAAUGUUGACACAAUAAUAUGGCGGCAGUACUAAAAGGUGAAAUUAUCUUUACAAACAUAUUGAGCGCCACCGAAAUUUGAGGAAAUUAUUCAAACAGAUAUAUAAAAUAAAAAAAAAAACAAAAUAACUUUACAAUUAUCAUGAUCCGAUUUUUGUUUCCUUCUUUCUUUUGAUAACAACUAAACAAUCGCAAAACAGUAAAACAUCCGGCUAACAUAACCGCAAUGCUGAUAAAAGGGCAUAGACAACUGUUAUGAAUAGUUAGAAGUACGCACUUGAAUGUUACUCGUGCUCCAAAUAGUCUAGCGAUCUAGGAAAAAAUAUAAAAAAUUGAACUGCAGCCAUAGCAAACAAUUCAAACAAACUAAUUUCUCGACGAACGUCUUUUAGGUAUCACUAGCAGCGAGUUACUGAGUUACUGAAUUCUCCUACAUAUUACGCAAUAACUUUUUUUUACUCGAGCGAGCUAAUUGAAUCAACAAAAUGGUAGUAGAGAUUUCACUAUUUUUAUACCCAAGCAGUUUUCACUUGUUGAUUUAAUAUAGUUAUCGGUUUUGUUGAUAAUGCAUGUAAAACUAAUAUUAAGGAAACAAUACCAAGAAUAAUCUAGAAAUUUUAAAGAAAAUCUGUAUAAAAUCCCCAAAACCAUUUAAAUAACCCAAAGCAAAAAAAACAGUACGGAAAUCAUUAUUUUACGGCAUGCAAAAGAUAGUCUGUAAUGGAACAAAAAGAGUUGAAAUGUUUCACGGAUUGCUGACGAAUGAUAGACGAAACAAAAAGAAGUAAUAAGUUGGUCGUUCGAUUAUGCUUGAAUGUAAACAUUUUUAAGAAAGAAAUCAAUAAAACAUCCAUAGUGGUUCUAAAAGCCUUGAA